UUUCCGAGAGUACGGAGCAGCAUUCUCUUCCUUCUUUCGAUAACUUUCAGUUCCGCAAGCAAACUAGUGAUCAUCAGACCAUGAAUUUUCACUUCUUCAUCUCCCUCGCCCUCUUCCUCUUGCACAAUUUUCUCAGCAAUUCCAGUCGUACUACUGAAGCUGCACCUACUUAUCAAUGGCACGACUGCCCAGACACCUCGCUCUUCGCUUCCAACUCCACCUACCGAUCCAACCUCAACGCCCUCCUCUCUUCCCUCUCCUCCGCUGCCACCAACAACUCCGACGGUUUCGCCAACGCCACUGCCGGGAAGGACGCUCUCGACCGUGCCUAUGGGCUCUUCCUCUGCCGCGGUGACGUCAGCACUGCCACAUGCGGCGAGUGCGUGGCUACGGCAACGAAAGACAUCCUCCAGCGGUGCCCCGACAGGAGAUCCUCGUUGAUCUGGUACGACGAGUGCAUGUUGAGGUACUCGGACCAGUCCAUUUACUCGGUGAUGGAGACCGUACCUCUAGAAACGAUACCGGACACCGGGGACGUUGCUGAACCAGAUCGGUUCGUGCACCUGCUAGGAGAGGCCAUGAACGUCGCGGCAGGGAGGGCUUCGGGCAGCGAAUCGGGGAAGAAGUUUGCGGUCGUGGAGGCGAGCUUCACGAGCUCGCAGAAGCUGUACACACUUGCGCAGUGCUCGUCGGACUUGAAGGGCUCGGACUGUAACACGUGCCUCCGGGCGGUGAUCGCAGAUCUACCUCAGGGGAAGCGAGGGGGGAGGUCGUUCACUCCGACCUGCACAGUGAGGUUCGAGCUGUUCCCCUUUUAUAAUACCUCGGCUGUGACGGCGGCGGCCCUGUUUCCUUCUUCUCCUCCUGCUCCGGUGAAAGGAUCCAAAGGAAAAAGCAACAAAUCUACCAUGAUUACCAUCACCACUACCAUUUUUGUUGGAGGUUUUAUGAUAAUUCUCGUUCUCACUUGUUGUAUGCUUCAGAGAAAGGGAAAGAGGAUGCAUGAAGUUGUCAAAGUAAAAGGCAAUGCAAAUGAACUUCCCAUCGUGGAGUCCUUGCAAUUUGACUUUGCCACAAUACAAGCUGCGACAAAUGAUUUCUCUCCUGAAAGCAUGUUGGGUGAAGGUGGAUUUGGUAAAGUUUUCCAGGGUAAACUUCCUAAUGGACAACAAAUCGCGGUGAAGAGGCUAUCUCAAAGUUCAAGACAGGGUGAUGAUGAAUUCAAAAAUGAAGUUCUACUAGUUGCAAAGCUUCAACACAAAAACCUUGUACGACUACUCGGAUUUUGCUUGGAGGGAGACGAAAAGCUACUCACCUACGAGUUUGUGCCGAAUAGAAGCCUUGAUUACUUCUUAUUUGAUCCACAAAAAGGCGAUCAAUUGAAUUGGCCAUUACGUUAUAAAAUAGUAUAUGGGAUCGCUCGAGGAAUGCUCUAUCUACAUGAAGAUUCUCGUCUCCGGAUCAUCCAUCGUGAUCUAAAAUGUAGCAAUAUCUUGUUAGACAGUGAAAUGAACCCAAAGAUUUCAGAUUUUGGCAUGGCAAGGAUUUUUGGAGUUGAUCAAACACAGGCUAGCACAAAUAAAAUCGUGGGGACUUUUGGUUACAUGUCUCCUGAAUAUGCCAUGCAUGGACGGUUCUCAGUGAAAUCCGAUGUUUAUAGUUUCGGUAUACUACUUCUAGAGAUCAUUUGUGGCAAGAAGAAUGGCUUCUACCACCAAUUCGAUGGGGGUGAAUAUCUUGCUAGAUAUGCAUGGAAUCAAUGGAGAGACGGCAUGCCCUUGAAAGUGUUGGACCCGGCUAUUGUGGAUUCAAAUUCAAGAGAUCAAGUGCUUCGAUGCCUGCACAUUUGCUUACUAUGCAUUCAGAAAGAUCCGGCUAUUAGACCCACCAUGGCAACCGUAGUUCUCAUGCUUAGCAGCAAUUCCAUUACCCUACCAUCACCUCGACAUCCAGCUUUCUUUGUCCAAAGCAAAUCGAGGGGACUGGGCAUCCCAAUGAAAGGGCUUGGAUCGGACCAAUCCACCAGUAGGACUAAGCCUUCGUCAAAAAAUAACUUGUCGCUUACUGAAUUAUACCCUCGAUGAAUGGUGGUGUAAGUGAGAUCUUUCCUCUUGGAUGGUCUCAUAUUGAGAUCGCUUAGCCUUCCACUGUGAUUUUUUGUGAACCAUAAGCAAAAAUCUAUGUAUUUGGAAAAUAACCUGAUAUUUGCUAAAAGGGGGUCGUGUGCAUUUUAAAGACUCUACAUGUGUUAUCCAUCAUAGUUGUUAUGAUU